AUGACCAAACUAAAGCGGGCCAGGACCGAUGUUGAUUCGGAGCCACUGCCGGAGCAAAGCUUAGACGCAGCCAACGAUCUCUCCAAUGGGAGGGAUCCAGCCGUGCUCGAUAUUUUGCCGGGGAUUACCCGUAAAAUCACUGCGUGUGGAGCAUGCUCGAGUCUUCAAAGAAACACUGAGCUCCUCCAACAUGAUGUUCGUGAUAUUCAUGCACUUCUCGACACCGUCUGUCAGCAUCUAAGUUUGCCUCGACCUCAAGCCCUCCGAACAGGGGGUGAAUCGUCUGAGAACGAGCCUAGAGAAGACCUUGACGAUUUGAAUGGGGACCAAGCGGACCUUGAAGGAUGUGAAAUAUCGCCGCCUGAUACCCCAUCCGCGGUCCAGGCCCCUAUUGACACGUUCCUCGAUAUCGCUAAGCUGGGCAGCCCUGGAUCGUCCGACAAUACUCCACCAAGUAUGACACGGCAGAAGAGCCUUAUUGUACCCCAAGAUCUCAUCAGUAAAGGCGUCACCACCUCAAUUGUGGCAGAGACUCUUGUGGAGCGAUAUUCCACUCGUUUAGACCCGUACCUCUAUGGAAUCUGUAGAGAAUAUCGCAGUUGGCAACAAAUCAGAAAAGCUUCACCUGUUUUGUUUGCGGCUGUCUGUACAGUUUCUGCAUUACAAGACCCGCAAGGCCAAGCAAUAUACGAGGCAUGUAAUCGUGAAUUUAGGCGCCUUGUAUCACGGUCGCUAUUCGAAAAACACGAUCUGGAAUAUGUGCGAGCCCUCAGUAUCAGUUCCUUUUGGCUCUCGGACGCGUCGAGGAUUUUAUCUAGCGAUGCUAUUCGCCGAUCUGCGGAUAUGCGUCUGCAUCGCAGUUUAAAUCAUUUGUCCAAUAUAAUAACUGACCCACAACUGAUGCCGCCAGCGACAACUGCCAGCUCGAGCACGAGUGAACUUGGUGCCAUAAAAGAUCGCCUGCGACUAUGGUAUCUCAUCUUCAUUUCCGACCAGCACCAAUCCAUUCUUCACAAUCGCGAUCCUCUCUUGCGCAGUGAUAAAGAGAUUUCCUUGAGCUGGGAGACCUUAGUUGCCCGUGACGACACCACCGACUCCGAUAUCCGAAUCAUUUCGCAGGUCGCCCUCCUUGUCAUAAUGAGUCAAGUUCGGGAUCUAUUAGGCUCUGACCAAGAGACACGUAUACCACAAUCUUCAUCAAGCCAGAUAACUCAUUACUCUCGGCAGCUCGACCGGUGGUUCAAUAAAUUUUCUGUUCUAUUCAAACCGGACCCUUUUAUUGGUGAUUUUCCUAAAUGUGGCCUCCAGCUACAUUAUCAUUUUGGUAAGCUUUACUUGGGACAUCAAGUUUUCAAAGGUCUCAAUGGCGAAGCUAUCCCGCUUUAUUUCCAAAAUGCAGCAAACAUGGCCCACGAAGCAGCCAUCGCUAUCUUCGAAAUGAUCUUACAUCAAGAGAAUCUUAGACACAACUUAGUGGGAAUGCCCCACUACUUCCAUAUUAUGAUUGCCUUCGCGGGUCACUUUUUACUCGAAGUCAGUAAAAACUACCAUGCACAGCUUUCAAUCGAGCCAGUUCAAGACUUCGAAUUGAUACGAAGAGUAUUGGAGGUGUUUCAAGAUAUUCCAACUAUUCAGCAACAUCCAAUAUGCCGCAUGACACCGGGUUUAACGCGAAAACUUCAUGAGUGUAUCGGCUCCUUGCAGAGAGAUGGGGAACAGAUAAUCCCCUCCCUCGCAACAACAUCAACAGACCUGAUUGGAUACCACAUACAUGGUGUGCAACGUCAAAUGCAUCAGCCACCCAGUUCCUUAUCCUUUCCCGGCGACUCACUUGUGACUCCUGUAGAUGACUUUCUAUUGACCGAUUUCGGAGAGUUUACGUUUCCGGGCAUGUCGUCUAACUGA